GCCAUAAUAAAAAGUUCUAGCCUCCCAUAAAAGGUUCAGAUGGGCUUUUUCCAAUGUAUCCCAUUGGCAUGUGAAGCUGAGGUCCUAUGUACCUGGGAGAAUUACCAUAAUCUUAAAAAAUAAAGACUACCACCACCACACCUCCUCAAAGUGCUGCCUGUGCCUUCAAUACCUGUCUCCAGACUCUUGUCUAGCCACCUGUGCUCAUCAUGGAUCACAGCUGUUCCUGUGCCAUUGGUGGAUCCUGCUCUUGCACUGGCUCCUGCAAAUGCAAAGAGGGCAAAUGCACCUCCUGCAAAAAGAGCUGCUGCUCCUGCUGCUCCCAGGGCUGUGCCAAGUGCACCCAGGGUUAUAUCUGCAAAGGGGCAUCAGGCAAGUGCAGCUGCUGUGCCUGAUCUUAGAGAGCCUGCUCCAGAUGUAAAUAGAGCCAUUUGUCCAAACCUGCAUUUCUAGUCAAAUGAUCUGACCCCUUUGCUACAUUCCUUUUUCUAUGAAAUAUGUGAAAGACAAUAAAUGUUGUUCACC